CCCCCCAACCUCUCUCCCUGUCAGUGUGUUCUCACCCAUCUUGACAACCAUGGCCAAGGUCCCCCCUCAUCUCAUCAUCGCUCUCAUUCUUCCAUUAACUAUCAUCCUUGUGAGAGGAGAUGUUGCUGCCUCCAAGCCACAACCGACCAUCCAAUAUCUACCCACUAGCAUGGUUGAGUACCACACCAUUGAUAGACUCGCCAACAUGGAUGUCAAUGCCCAAAACCCCCCCUUCAGUAAAUGCGCGACGUGUGAGUGCUGUACUACCAAAGACCACAAGAAUUGCUUAUCAAUGCAGUGUUGCUAUCGCAUCAAAUGCAACAUUCCUAGCAAGCCCUUUGGCACCUGUGCCUUCAUGCCCGAAGCUUGCAACUGUGACUCAUGUGGUUAAUCCUACUAAAUGUGUUGGGAUAGAAUAAAUUUGGUCAUCAAAUAAAUUUGUUUAUUGGAAUGGGUGAACAAGUCUGAGGUUGUUGAUAGGAUUCUUGUAUGGUGCAUGUUUUGGAAUUGCAAUUUUCUAAUAUGCAUUCACUUUGA